ACGCUACGUUCAGGCGGCUCCGCCACUGACAGUUCUUGUGACAGGCGCGCGCGGCCGAGAGCGGUGGGGCAGUGGCGGUAGUGGUCGGCCACGUUUCCCGCGGACAGGACGACUCCUUCUCGGCGCGAAAGAAUCUCGUCAGUCGGUCGAGAGCGGCAGGGUGACAAUUAACCGCUGGACGACGUCGGUCGAAGAGAAAAGAAGCGAUGGCGGCCCUUAAGAGAAUCACCAGCCUAACCCGGGCGCUCGCGACGGCGACGUCCGCGUCGCGGCCCUGCUUCCAGCGCGCCUCGAGGAACACCUACUUCACGUACGUGAACGAACCGUCCAUGCCGAUCCCCGGCAAGGAGCCCUGCUGGCUGAAGACCGCCGACGAAGCUAUCGAGCAAGCGGAACUUGACUCAGAUCAGCUGGUUUAUGUCCAAGGCGCGGCGGCGACCCCCGUUGAAUUGCUGAGGGCGAUGACUGAUUAUGGGGUACGAUGCGAUGUGAGAAACGUCCGUUUGUAUCAUAUGCAUCUCGAGGGGGCGGCUCCGUUUGCUAAACCAGAAAACGCAAAACAUUUCAGAUCUAUCAGCUUGUUCAUUGGCGGUAAUGUACGGCCUGCGGUGAAUGCAGGCACUGCAGAUUGCAUUCCCAUUUUCCUGCACGAAAUCCCGCGUCUCUUCAAGGAAGGCUACCUGAAACCCGACCUCUCGCUCAUCCACGUGUCUCCGCCAGACGAAAAGGGUUACUGCUCGCUUGGCACUAGCGUAGACUCCGUUCGGUCCGCCGUGAGCCAUUCAAAACGCAUCGUAGCGCUAGUCAAUAAAUAUAUGCCCAGGACCUUCGGCGAUGCUAUUAUUCACGAAAGUCAUCUGGACUUCGCUGUGGAGCAUCAUGAACCGUUACCGGUUCACCCGGUGAAGCCACCAUCUAAAGCCGAACAGCAGAUCGGCAAGAAUAUCGCUGAGAAUCUAGUAGUGGACGGCGCCACGUUGCAACUUGGAAUCGGCAGUAUUCCUGACGCCGUGCUGUCGCUGUUGGGAAAUCAUAAAGACUUGGGAAUCCAUUCCGAGAUGUUCAGCGACGGUGUAGUGGAUCUCGUGAACAAGGGCUGUAUCACAAAUAAUCAAAAGACGAUGCACCGGGGCCGGAUCGUCGGUUCGUUUUGCGUAGGCUCGGAGAAGCUUUACGAUUUCAUGCACAACAAUCCAUUCAUAGAGAUGUUGGUUGUGGAUUACGUCAAUGAUCCUAGAAUAGUCGCCAAGCAACCUAAGAUGACCGCCAUCAACUCGUGUAUCGAAGUGGAUAUCACCGGUCAGAUUUCUUCAGAUAGCAUUGGUACAAGAAUGUAUUCCGGUUUCGGUGGACAAUUGGACUUCAUAACAGGCGCUGCAAUGAGUGAAGAUCGACAAGGAAAGCCGAUCAUAGCUCUUCAAUCGGUCACCGCUAAGGGUCAGAGCAAAAUACAGCCAGUUUUAACGUUAGGUGCUGGAGUAGUCACCAACAGAGCGGUGGCGCGAUACGUCGUGACCGAACAAGGAAUCGCCAGCUUGUUUGGCAAAACUCUUCAACAACGAGCGUAUGAGUUGAUCCAGGUGGCUCAUCCCGAUCACAGAGAGGCGCUCGAAAAAGCGGCGUUCGAACGUUUGAAAAUGAUGCCCGCGCCAUAAGCCUGAAAACAACAACGCAACGCAGAAAAAUCAUAUUCAAUAGCAUUUUACAAUCGGUCGUCCGCGUGUUUUGGUCGCGUGUAUAACGACCAAUCGUCGAAGAGUCACGUCGUGUCUUCUUAUACGAUAUACGCGCUCUCUUGCCGGAAGACAAUUGUCGGCCUCCUAGAAUAAGAGAGAAAUGGUGAAUAAAACGUGCUAAUUAAUUAGACCGAGAACUUAAUAUGCUAAAUUGUAACAUUACGUAUAUAGAAGUUCGUAAUGCGAGAAUUCAUAGAUAUAGAUACUAAUUAAGUCAUACGUUUUAUAUUGUCAGAGAGAAAGAGAUGUGUUCGCGUUUUCGAACACAGUUCCGAUAAAUAAAAAUGGCAUUAUUCAGUGCCAUUCCGAGAUGUAAGCAUUUUUAUAUUAAAUCUUUUAACGUUC